AUGACGGACGCUGCAUCAUUCAGAGACAAAGUCUCGAAUCCAGGGGUCCAGAGACGCAACAGUGUGGAGUUAUUGCCCCCAAGGAUGUCUGAAAGUGCUACAGAGCUAAGGAUUGUGCUGCUCGGCAAGAAUGGCCCUGAGAAGAGUGCUGUUGGAAACUUCAUCCUGGAAAGAGGGGCAUUUGACCCCAACUAUGUACAAAGUCGCUGUGAGAGAGCCAGGGGUCAAAUAGAUGGAAGAGGCAUAGCUGUGAUCAACACUCCAGACCUGUUAGACCCUCACAUCUCACAUGACAAACUCUCAGAGGAACUGCGUUGGUGUGUCACUCUGUCUGACCCAGGACCUCAUGUGUUCCUGUUGGUCCUGCAGCCUGAGGAGUUCACACAACAAGAGGGAGACAGAAUCAGGCAAAUUCUAGACACCCUCAGUGACCGGUCCUUUGACUACUCAAUGGUACUGACAACUCAUGAAGACAGGAGGGGACACAUGCAUGAUGAUCACCCUCUGAAUCAGAUGGUCAGAGAAUGUAGAGGGAGGCAGUACGUCAUGCACCGCGCCUGUAGAGGGAGGCAGCACCCCAGUGACCGCGCUCAACUUAUGGCAGAUGUUGACAAGAUUGUAAAGGAGAAUGGAGGAGGCUAUCUCACCUGUGAGCUAUUUGAAGAUACUACAAGUGGCAUGGUACAAGGGAAAGAGGAAAUCCACAGGAGUAAAAAUGAUUGGAGCCUCAAAUCUUCCUCUGAGGAAGAACUUGUAAAGGAUGUUUUGAAACAAGGUGAAUCAGCACAAUUUUGCAAUUUGCAGAACGUCAGAGAAGUUGGUUUGACGUUGCUUAAGGAAAAUGUGGGGGAGCAAUCACACAGUGGAGCAAAAUGUGUGUCUUCACUCAGGAUUGUGCUUCUGGGGAAGAGUGAUGACAAGAAGAAUGUAGUGGGUAACAUGAUCCUACAGAAUGAGGCUUUUAAGUCUGCUCGUUUCUCUAAAAAGCAAUGUGAGUCAGCCAAUGGGAAGGUGAAAGGCAAGUCUGUUACUGUUGUAAAGACUCCAGACUUAUUUUCUCUGAAUGUGGAGUCCCUGAUGCAGGAGAUGGAGAAAUGUAAGUCCCUCUCUGCCCCUGUGCCUCAUGGGAUCCUGCUGGUGUUGAAGCCUGAGGAGUUCACAGAGGAGAACAGAAAAACAUUGAAGUUCAUCCUGAGCAUAUUUGGUAAUGAGGCCUUCAAGCACUCAAUGGUGAUCAUUACUCACAAGGAAGUUGCAGGAAAUCCUCAUCUGAGUCAAAUGAUUGAAGAAUGUGAAGGAAGGCUUCAUGAAAUGUCCAAACAAGGAAGUGACCACAAAGAGUUAACUGAAAAGAUUGAAAAGAUGGUAGAGGAGAAUGAAUGGAGAUACCUCACCUCCAAUGAAGAGACGACACAUGAUACCAUGACACCAAAGGCUCAGAGACUGAACGUGGUGCUGUGUGGCAGAAGAGGAGCUGGGAAGACUUCUAUAGCCAAUGCCUUACUGGGUCAGAGAGAGUCCAGUCCAAAGUCCAGCUCUUCCUCAGUGUGUGUGAAGAGAGGAGGAGAGGUGUGUGGUCGGCCUGUCACCCUCAUCGAGCUGCCUGCUCUGAAUGGAACACAUCUCACUCAGGAGGAAGUGACGCGUGAGACUUUCCGCUGUGUCUCUCUCUGUGACUCUGGAGUCCAUGCUUUCCUCCUGGUCGUACCUUUUGGUCCACUCACUGAUGAAGACAAAGGAGAGUUAGAGACCAUCCAGAAGAUUCUCAGCUCACGAGUCAAUGACUUUGCCAUGGUCCUGUUUAGACAGGAUUACAUUCCAGUUGAUAAAACUGCAGUUGACUUUGUGGAACAAAAUGCAGACACAAAGCGAUUGAUCAAGAUAUGCGGAGGGCGGUAUAAAAUCUUUGAUGCUUCGAAGAUUGAGAAUGCCAAGCAGACGAAAGAGCUUGUAGCAAAAAUAGUCCAAAUGAUGGAUCAAAACAAGACAUGCUACACUCUAUACAUGUAUAUGGAGGCACAGGACUUGAGGCUGGAGGCUAAGUAUCAAUCAGAACUGGACGAAAAGAACAGAAGAAUCAAGGAUUUAGAGCAGAAAAUCAGCAACAUGUCACAAGGUGCUGAAAUGGAGUGCUCCAGCACAGAGUGCGUGAGGGUGGUGCUGAUUGGGAAAACUGGAAAUGGGAAAAGCGCCUCCGCAAACACUAUCCUGGGCAGAAAGGAAUUUGAGUCUAAAAUCAGCAGUAAUUCUACGACAACAGUUUGCAAGAAGGCAGUCGGUAAAGUUGAUGGAAGAACAGUUGCUGUGGUGGACACCCCUGGCCUUUUUGACACAACAUUGUCUAAUAAAGAUGUUCAGCAAGAGAUAGUGAAAUGUGUUUCCCUGUCAGCUCCUGGACCCCAUGUGUUUAUCAUAGUGUUAAGAAUCGGGACAAUGACACAAGAGGAGCUGGAGACUUUGGACCUCAUAGAGACAACCUUUGGUCACGGGGCAGGAAUGUUCUGCUUAGUUCUGUUUACUAGAGGAGAUGACUUGGAAAGAACGUCGAUUCAAGAUUACAUUGAGGAAAGCAAGAAUGCCAAACUGAAAAAACUGAUCAGAGAUUGUGGAGGCAGACUCCAUGUCUUCAACAACAGAGUUAAAGAUGACCGCACACAGGUCACUGAGCUUCUUAAGAAGAUUAACGAAAUGGUGUCCACGAACAAGGGCAGUUUCUACACCAAUGAGAUGUUCCAGGAGGCAGAGGCAGCCAUUAAACAGAAACAGGAAGAAAUACUGAAGGAGAGAGAGAUGGAGAUUAAGGCUGACAUGGAGAAACUGAAGGUCAGCCAUGAAACAGCCAUGGAAAAGAUAAAGUCAAAGUUGGAAGAAGAGAGAUUGAAAGUUCAGGAGGAAAGAAAGCAGAGAGAAAACAUGUUGAGAGAGAGAGAGGAAGCUAUUAGAAAAGAGCAUGAAGAAAAGGAGAAAGCAGAGAAGGAAGAAAGUAAGUUGAAGGACGAGAAAAAGAAAGAAGAUGAAAAGUUGAAAAAAGAAACAUGGGCCACAGAAAAAGAGAAGAUGGAAAAAGAGAUACAAUCUCAGAAAAAAGAGUUGGAAAACCAUCAAAGAGAAAAGGAGAGAGAAUAUAAAAUGAGAAUGGAACAACAGAGAAAAGAAGAGAAAGACAGAGAAGAAUUGCGAUAUGAGCAGCAGUUUGAACCAAAGAUAUUGCGGAGUAAGCGUGAUGCAAGAGGCUAG